UCCUCCUUAACUUUCUCCUUCCAGAUCGCUCCACGGACAGUAAUAACCAGUAAGAGACUUACUCUGCCUCGCUGGAGCAGCAUAUCGGUGGACUUUACGACUAAAUACACAUAUUUUACCCACGGGACGAUAUCCGGAGGAGCGGUGAUUCUGUAGAUCCCCAGUGUUUUGAUGUCACAUUCCUGAAGUUUCUGCGGAGGGUUUCCGGCCGAGCCGUCGGCAGACAGCGAGACGACCGGAGAGAGAGCCCGUCGUCCCGCCCGGGGAGGAAGAGGAGCGAGGGAACGCGCGGAGGAGAAAGAGGAGCGAGGGAACGCCGUGGGCUCGGAUAUGGCUUCGUGGUGUACGAGAGGAAGACAGAGGCAGCUGAUCUGAGGUGGAGGGCCCCAGUCACAUGUCGGUGUGAGGCUCGACCCCUGGGGCUGCGGUCAUCACACCGGCUGCCCUAGAUACUCGCAGACCGGAGAGAAAACAUCUUUGAGGUUUAUUCACUUCCAGCUGCUGCUUUUCUCCAAUACUGAGUGGAUUUGACCUCCGGUGACCUCGCAGACGCUUAAAAAACAUGCCGGCGAAGACGCCCAUGUACCUGAAAACGACGACGCCCAAGAAGGGGAAGAAGCUGAAGCUGCGCGACAUCCUCUCGGGCGACAUGAUCAGCCCGCCGCUGGGCGCGGUCCGGCACAGCGCCCACGUGGGCCCCGAGGGCCAGGGCGACAUGUUCGGGGACGUGGGCUUCCUCCAGGGCAAGAUGGACAUGCUGCCGUUGCUGGGACGGCUGCAGAACGGCCGCUCGCUCAGCAUGGAGCGGCCCGUGGAUGACGGCGACAUCGCCGGCGCGGAGAAGCCCGACGUGCACAACUACGCCUUCAACGGCUACCACUACCAGCACUCGUCCAGCGGGCUGCUGAAGACCACCAUCUCCAUGCCGGUGUUCGUGGCCCACGAGCAGGCGCCGCCCAAGCCCCCGCGCCUGCACCUGGACGACCCCCCGCUGACCUCGCUGCCCUGCCAGCCGCCGCCGGGCCCCGGCCUCAGGCCGGGCGCCGAGGGCCCGCAGCACCCGGCGCUGGCGCUCUGCGAGAACGGCAUGGUGGGCCGGCUGGCGUCGGAGCCCUGCAGGGACAUCUCCAUCUCCCCCGCCAUCCGCCGCCUCGUCCCGUCCUCCGGGUCCUUCUCCGAGGUGUCCUCCGACGACUCCCUGUCGGAGUCCUGCGGGCCGCUGGACGCCCGCCGCGGCCUCAGCCUGGACUCCGACGCCGGCCUGAGCAACGAGGACCUGAGGAGCGAGCGCAGCGACUCGCCCUCGCCCGGUUUCCAUCCCUCGUCCGGCGUGUCCCGGUCCAGCUCCAUCACCGGGCUGGACCUGGAUCUGGGCCCGUCCAUUCUGGACGAUGUCCUGAGCAUCAUGGACCGCUACAAGGCCACGGACAACCGCUGUGAGCUGUGAACCAUCUGAAAAGAUGAACGUGACACAGAUAUUUUUAUAUACAUGUUUCUAAACUCACGUGAGAACAAAAAAAACUGAUUCUGGAGAAAAUAUCAGAUAUUAAAGAAACAGGCUGGACUUUACAAGCCUUUAUCGAAGCUGAACCGCACACAGAGCCUGGAAUAUCAUGACCUUUACGUUGACACACGCCUGCCUCAAUGUGCAUCGUAUUGCCUGUUAACCUGACUAAUACCGAGGACUUUUCCUGCUCGUCAAUCGUUAACCAGACGCCAGUCAGAGCCAUAUCUCUCCAGACUGACCUGGGAAAACCAGCAGCUGCACCGCUGCUAACACCGUUGGACAAACAGCAACUUAAUAUGGUUUGAAAUUACAGAUCUGCUCGCUCCGACCAAGCCUAACCGCCACAAAUCCAAGAAUGUCCUCGCCAGGAGAAAUGUGAAGAAGAAGUGCUGACUUUGUUGUCUCUGUUAAACACUACCGUCCCCUCUGAACCUGCAGCAAUAUUUCACUGGAACUCGGGAUGUUUAUCCCUGAUGGUCGAAAAGCUUUAAGUGUAAGAAAAGUGCUGCUUUAUAUUAUAUUUUCAGAUAGGACUUUCUGAAGUUAUCUGUGCUCUCGGCCUCCCGACACAUCACAGUAGCAUUAUCACAGUAGCCUAUCAUCCGAAUGUCAAUCAUGUUGUAUAUGUACCUGUAAAUAUAUGAAUAAAAUAUUUCCA